UUUUAUUUUAUUUUUACUAAAUAAAGAAAUGGCUUCCCUCUCCACACGCUUGUUUCUGAGACCUACUCUGUUUAGAGCUGUCAGAGCAGAGACCAGAUCCUUCACUUUGGGAUCAACUCUUCGCAACCAAGCUGUUUCCGAGACCGAAACCCAAGAGCAACAAGACGAUGCCAAAGUUGAAGCUGCCCUCAAACGUGCCGAACGCACAAUGAAGCGAUUCUGGAAGCGUGCUGGCGUCAAGACUGAAGGCGAUGAAUGUACUGUAAUUCUCGAUCACCGUAACUUGCGUACACCCAGCAACAACGUGAUGCGUUUCCCUAUUGCCCAGCGCAACUUGGCACUUUUGACAGCUGCUGAAUGGGAUGCCCAGACCGAGAAUCUCAAGGCACACACUUUGCCUUUGACUUCGAUUAUUGCUCGUGCCAUUGAUGCGUUUGAUCCCUCGCACGCCACUGACCCUACACUUCGUGCUCAGGUUAUUGACAAGUUGAUGGUCUACUUUGAUACUGAUGCGACAUGCUACCGUGAAGAAGGACCCGAGCUCUUGGUCCGCCUGCAGGAACAGCACUGGUCUCCUAUCCACGCAUGGAUCAAGGAAAAGUAUGGUGUCGGGAUCAACUCGACCACCGAGAUCUUUGCGGUCACGCAGCCCCAGGAAACCAAGGAUGUGUUGCGCAAGGAGAUCGAGGCCAUGGACAACCUGGAGCUGUCCGCAUUUGAAAAGGGUGUCAUGAGCUCCAAGAGUUUCUUGAUUGGAUUUGCUCUGAUCAAGAAUGCUUUGACAGUCGAGCAGGCUGCCCAGGCUGCCCAUGUGGAGAUGAAUGCUCAGAUGGAACGUUGGGGUGAAGUUGAAGACAGUCAUGAUGUGGAGCGUGAAUAUAUUAGACAGACUCUUGGAUCUGUUGCCUGUGCUGUCAUGCACAAGCACCAGGGUCUUUAGAAAACAAAACAAUAUAUAUAUAUAUAUAUAAAUCC